AUGGGUCCCUUUUUCUGUGAUCUUGACCCAAUUCUACAACUCUCCUGCUCUGACACGACAACAAUGGUACAACUACACAGUACAGUGGCGGUCUUUAUUUUUAAUCUCAUGCCAUUUUGUAUCAUUAUUGCAUCAUAUGUUUAUAUUAUAGUCACUAUUUUUGAAAUCCCGUCUAUUACUGGGAGGAAGAAAACUUUCUCAACAUGCAGACUGUGGUCUCCAUGA